AUGGCAUUCCUUCCGGAAGUGGACGAUCCUUCGAAUUGCUUGAUCACCUUUUUCUGCCCCUGCGUCACGUUCGGCCAGAACGCCAAGAUCAUCGACAGAGGAAGCACCUCUUGUGCUUGUGCCGGGGCUCUGUGCUUCCUGAUAUUCAACUUCUUUUAUUGCUCGUUCUGGUACACGUGCACUUACCGGACCAAGCUCCGCGGCCUCUACUCGAUCCCCGGCGACCAGUGCCGAGAUAGUUGCGUGCACCUUUGGUGCGAGCCAUCCGCUUUUUGCCAAGAGUAUCGAGAGCUCAAGAACCGCAGGUUCGAUCCCUCGAUCGGAUGGGUCGCUAAUGAGGAACAAAGGACUUGGCGGGUCGGAAUCGUGGUCCCUCCGUCGGUUCCCGGUGGCAUGAUUCGUUGAUGUCUAUCCCGAGCCGACCUUCGCGACAACUCAUCCAUCUUCUACUCAAAAUUAUACUAUUGCCCUCCCUUUCGAAAGUAUUAGCAAACUUGGCCACGCCAAUUGUAUCAUUAAGAGAUUAUUUUGUGUGCCUUUUAUUUUUUGUGUCGGGGCUUUGUUUGGAUUUUCUAGGACUCAGAAGUUGGACUUUCGCACUUCAUUGUAAUAUCGGAUCUUGAAAAGCAUAAUAUUAUCUCUCUCUUUACGUAACGACAACCUUGAAACCGAAG